UUUUCACACUAUCUACAUUAUUGAAAAGCUAAGAUAAAAUCGAUCCUAAAUUCAUAUAAAUUGAUAAUGAAACAAGAGUAUUUUUAGUUGUCUGGUUGAUUUAAAGUAGCCAAUCAUGACGAAACUAAUCCUCCUCUUCUUGGUAGCUAUAGCUAUCCAGCUAGUUUCAGCUAAAUUCCCGUUUUACACAACAAAAGCUUUCACCCAAAAGCCUGUCCACGACUUGGAAGAUCCCCUAAUUCUAACACCUCUCUUGAAACAGGGCCAAAUUGAAGCUGCAAAGGAAGCUGCCAAAGUAGACUUGGUAGAUUUCCAGAAUGUCACUAGCUACGCUGGUUACCUUACCGUAGACGAACCGAAUAAUGGAAAUUUGUUUUUCUGGUUUUUCCCAUCCGCAAAUGAUUACGGUAAAGAUCCAGUUUUGCUUUGGUUGCAAGGAGGUCCAGGAUCUUCGAGUUUAUUCGGCCUCUUCGCAGAACAUGGACCUUUUAUUGUUGAAAAUAAUACAGUGUCACUGCGUGAAUAUUCUUGGCACAAAAAUUAUUCAGUACUUUACAUCGAUCAACCUGUAGGUACUGGGUUUAGUUUCACGGACGGCGAUUACGUAACAAAUCAAACUCAAGUAGGCAAUCAUUUGUAUACCGGUCUCGUACAAUUCUUUACUCUAUUCCCAGAGCUACAAAAACUUCCGUUUUACGUCUCUGGAGAAUCCUACGGAGGCAAAUAUGUACCUGCUAUCAGCUACACUAUCCACCAAAGAAAUCCCAGUGCGGACUUGAAAAUUAAUUUACAAGGAGUUAUUAUAGGAAACGGAUUAAGUGAUCCACUACAUCAGUUUGAUUAUGGUGACUUAUUGUAUCAAUUGGGACUAAUUGAUUUGCCAACUUUAAAGGAAUUUUAUGUCAAACAAAAUAAUACUGUGAGUCUUAUUAAACAAGGAAACUUUCACGCCGCUACAGAUGGCUGGAAUGAAAUAGUUAAUGGGUUUUCUUCAAACACUGCUUUGGAUGAUAUUUACAAUUUCAUUAAAGAUACUGAUGAUUCUCCUACGGAAUGGACGACUUUCGUAACUCAAGAUCGCGUACGAAAAGCCUUGCAUGUUGGAAGCGCACAAUAUUCCGAUCAAAAUUACGAUGUCUACGAUGGUCUUUACGCUGACAUAAGUAGGAGUGUUGCCCCAUGGGUCAGUGAGCUUCUGAACCAUUAUCGAGUACUAAUUUUCAAUGGCCAACUAGAUAUUAUAGUAGGUUACGUGCUAACAGCUAACUAUUUACAAAACCUAGAGUUCAGCGCUGCAGCUGAAUAUAAACUAGCUGAAAGACAAAUAUGGACUGUUGGUGAAAGCAGAAUUGCUGGUUAUGUGAAAAUUGCCGGAAAUUUGACAGAGGUUAUGGUUAGGAAUGCUGGACACAUGGUUCCGAGUGAUCAGCCUGAAGCAGCCUUCGAUUUGAUUAAUAGGUUUAUUGACAAUCGAUUUGAUUAAAAAUAAAUAUAAAGUUUUGAGAUUAUUAAUGUGUUUUAUUGAAAAAUUAUUGCAUACGCACUAUAGUUGAAUUUGUUAGCAGAAUAAGCUGAACUUUCAUAAUUUUCAAAUGCAGAGAUUAGAAGUUGU